GAGUUUCUGGCCCAAUCUUUUACCUGAGGAACCUGUGGAUUCAUCAAUUAUUCUCUCUUUCUUUCAUAUUGUCGGCAUUAGCCAAAAAGUGUUAUAUAAAUGGCAGACGUUUUGCUGGGAGGUCAUACUGUAAAGUCCCAUGGAGUCAAGGUAGCAAGGAUACAUAUGCAUGACUGGCUACUUCUUCUACUUCUUUUGGCAAUAGUGGGCAUCUUGAAUUUCAUAGAACCUUUUCACCGUUUUGUUGGUGAAGAAAUGAUGACAGACUUGAAAUACCCUUUCAAGCAUGAUACUAUCCCUUUUUGGAGCGUUCCUAUUUUUGCCAUAAUGUUGCCGAUUGCUGUAUUUUUUCUGUAUUACUGCUACAGACAGGAUGUUUAUGAUCUGCACCACGCUUUACUGGGUAUUCUAUAUUCUGUACUAAUUACCGGAGUUAUUACUGAUGCAAUCAAAGAUGCUGUGGGUCGACCACGGCCAAACUUUUUUUGGAGGUGUUUUCCUGAUGGAAAUGGGGUGUUCGAUGAAAUUUCUGGGAAUGUAGCAUGUUAUGGAGACCCGGCAAUUAUAAAGGAGGGAUACAAAAGUUUUCCGAGUGGGCAUACUUCAUGGUCUUUUGCCGGUCUGACUUUCCUGGCAUGGUAUAUAGCUGGGAAAAUUAAAGCAUUUGAUAGAAGGGGGCAUGUUGCCAAGCUCUGCAUAGUAUUGCUUCCAAUACUUGCUGCUGUACUUGUGGGUGUUUCUCGUGUUGAUGACUACUGGCAUCAUUGGACUGAUGUUUUUGCCGGAGCUCUUAUAGGAACAAUGGUAGCUGCAUUGUGUUAUUUGCAAUUCUUUCCCUUCCCAAAUCAUGUCAAUGGUUGGGCACCUCAUGCAUAUUUUGAGAUGUUGGCAGAGAGGAGUGUCCAGUCUGGAACUGCGAGAAUCAACUCUCUGCACGUGAGAAGACCAGAUGCGACCUCUGACACUGCAUAUAUAGCUUGUGAGAUUGACAGAGGAACUCCAAAGUUCAUCUCACGAGAUACAAGCCCAGUCUAGCAUGGAAUGAAAAGGCGCAAGGAUGAGAAAACUGGGACUGGGAGAUAGUAAAUCGAUGCCAAGCCCCACGUCCUCCUCCCAAGAAGAGUACAUCAAAAUAUCAAAUCACCCUGGAUAAUGUUACAGGCUGCUUUCUGAAAUUAUUAUGUAAUUUGUGUAUUCAUCGUAGUGCUAUGUAUUUAUUUUAUUUUUUUUUAUCAUUCAUUUGAAGAAACAAUGUAGUAAACAAAUAGUGAUUUUAGUUGAAAGUGAAAUAAUAUAGUAGUGAAAUUUGUGAAGUAUUGAAGAGGUCAAAUAUCGCAAAACCUGAAUGUCCCAGGCCAAAAAUAUUGGCAAUGUCUGCAUGUCAUCAUCACAGAUAUGCAAGUUUACCCAGACUUGACCA